AUGGGUGAAUCGGGUGAAUUGGGUGCCGUGAAGGUUGAUUCGAAAAAUUCGUGUUUCAAAAUGUAUUUACUUGAUCAAGAAUACAAGUCUCUUGAGAAUGAAUUGAAAGAAGUGUCGUCUGACAUUUCAGAAGGUGAGAUUGAGCCUGAACCAAAAGUGAAUGACCUUAACCUCUACAAUUUCAAGAGAAAGAAAUACAGUGAGGUAGACUCAUAUAUAAUUGAUCCGACUAUAGACAGGUUUGCAAGUGCGCUUGAUUAUUGGAAGGUGAAACAGGAUGUGUACCCUAUUCUUAGUAUUUUGGCAAGACGAUAUUUAGCCAUACCUGCUACGUCAGCUUCUGUUGAAAGCACAUUUUCGAUUGCUAGGAAUAUCAUCUCCUACCAACGCAACCGCCUUCUGCUGCUGAAUGCUAAGAAACUUAUGCUUUUGAAGAGUUGGGGGGUAAAUGGAGAAGAAUUGGAAGAAUCUUGA